CUUUGAGCUUCAUCACAGUAAAUCGACUAAUUAUCGGUAUUUCACGCGGACAAAUUAAUAGAACAAGAAUAAAUUCUAGGGAAUUUUCCAAACACAUCACAAAUAGAGAAUGUCAAUCAAUCUGAGAAGUGUUCUGAUCAGUGAUCCUGUGGACGAGUCCUGUGCAGAACUCUUGACAAGUUACGGCGUUCCAGUAACGACGAAACACAAAUUAUCGAAAGAUGAAUUGAUCCAGGAAAUUCAGAAACACGAUGGCUUAAUAGUUCGCUCAGAGACCAAAGUUACGGGUGAAAUUCUUGCGGCAGCUUCAAAUCUUCGAGUUGUUGGACGCGCUGGCACUGGAGUGGACAAUAUUGACCUUCUGGCGGCCACAAGAAAGGGGAUUGUUGUUCUCAAUACACCGGGAGGCAACAGCAUAAGUGCCUGCGAAUUGACGUGUGCGCUGAUCUCAGCUCUUGCGAGGAAUGUCGCCCAAGCUGCUCAAUCGAUGAAGGAAGGCAGAUGGGACCGCAAAUUAUAUUCCGGCUUUGAGCUGUCCGGUAAGACACUGGCAGUCCUCGGAUUUGGCAGAAUUGGGCGAGAGGUUGCACUGAGGAUGCAGUCAUUUGGAAUGAAAAUCGUAUGCUUCGAUCCCAUGUUGAGUUCCGACGUAGCAAGCAGUCUUGGGGCUACUAAACUCACUUUGGAGGAGAUUUGGCCGGUUGCUGACUACAUUACUGUGCAUACGCCACUCAUUCCUCAGACCAAGAACUUGAUAAACGCAACGACCCUCAGCAAAUGCAAAAAGGGAGUCCGAAUAAUAAACGUAGCGAGAGGGGGAAUCGUAGAGGAGGCAGCGCUCCUCGAAGCCCUGAGAUCGGGCCACUGUGGUGGUGCUGGCCUCGACGUAUUUGCGGAAGAGCCACCGAAAAAUCCGACAACUCUCGAGCUCAUUCAACACCCAAAAGUUAUUGCAACACCCCACCUCGGUGCUAGCACAGCGGAAGCCCAGCAGCGCGUUGCCGUUGAAAUAGCAGAACAAUUCCUAGCAAUAUCCGGCAUCACUGACAAAUAUAGGGUCACGGGUAUUGUCAAUGCGCCGAUUCUCUCAGCUGCAAUGUCGGGUGACAAUGGCUCCUGGAUCGAGCUGUCGAAGAGGCUCGGCCAAUUGGCAGCGAGAUUCCUCAACAAAAAUGUUAAAGCGCAAAUCGAAAGUCGAACUGUUGGAGCUGGAAUGCAGAGCAAGAAGUUUAUUCACACGGCUGUGCUUCUCGGUGUGCUCAGUGGACAGACCAAGAACGGCUUGAAUCUUAUCAAUGCACCGACACUUGCGAAGGAUAUUGGAAUUGAUCUUAAAGAGGCUCAUCUCGAGGGAGAGGCUGACAUGGUCGUUGUUAAAAUUGGAGAGCAUUCACUGAAGGGAACUGUACGCAACAAUGAAGCUCUCCUACUUUCCAUCGACGAUGCGAUUUUCAAUAAUGGAAUUGUCCUAAGAGACUUCAUCUCACUGUAUCAUGCAAAUGGACCACAGGAUCUCGCCACCAUUGUCAAUGCCUUCUCCUCCAAAGGUAUCAGCAUCAAUAGUCUUUAUGCUAAUGGCGCCUGGCUCGCCAUUGAGACGAAUCAGGACGUUACCAUUCCAAUUGAAGGAAUCGAGGUUUAUUAAAAAGUGAGGAAGCUCACUAGUUUCACAACUUUAGCGCAAUGAUUAUUUAAAACAUUGUUCGUCAAGUUUCAGUAUUUUUAUAAUUGGUGACCGACAUUUCCCCAUUAGUUCGCGGCAAUUUCAUUAUUUAUUUUACUCAAUUGCUGCGAGCUUCGUGAAUUGUUGUAAUCACGUGGACAAAAUAUUGAAAAAAACUCCAUUCAUAUUUUUGUAUGAUUUUAUGUUUCUAUAAAUUUAUGUUAUAUUUUUGUAUUCUUAAAAUGAUUCAAUACCGACAUUUUGUAUGAUAGAUAAAUACAAAUAACAUGAAAAUGUGAAAGUUGAAUUUA